AUGAGGCAGUAUCUGAAGUACCCGCACUGGUAUUGUGCUGUCGCACUUGACCAAGCAGUUAGCUUGGAGGCUUUCAUAGACCCUCCAGUUUAUUGCCGAACAUGGUUUUGUGUCAUGUUUCAGCUAAAGGACUUGUUCCGGAGCACCAACCAUCCCCACUUCAUUGGAACUUACAGGGGUGCUGUGAGUACUGCUUUCUGUGCCGAAAUUGUGGAAUCUGCUGAUGCAUACUUGUUCGCCAGACCUAUCUUCAAUGAUUACUGCUCUGUGGGGUAUUCACAUCUUCUCAAGAAAGACAAAGCGAUCAUUGUGAAGCCCGAACGAGUUGUGAUUGGUAAUGGCCCCGCUUUUGGGUGUGUGCUGAUGAG